CAGGCGCAGACGAAGAUGGCGUCGCGGGGACUCAAGCUGCUGCUGCUGCUGCUGCUGCUGCUGCCGCUGCUGCUGCUGUUCGGGCCCGCGCCGGCGGCCGGCCACGGCGGCAAGUACUCGCGGGAGAAGAACGAGCCCGCGCCGCCGUCGAAGCGCGAGCCGGAGGCGUUCCGGAUGGAGAAGCUGAACCAGCUGUGGCAGAAGGCCCAGCGGCUCCACCUCUCCCCCGUGAAGCUAGCCGAGCUCCAUGCUGACCUGAAGAUCCAGGAGCGGGAUGAGCUUGGCUGGAAGAAGCUGAAGCUGGAAGGGCUGGAUGAAGAUGGAGAGAAGGAAGCCAGGCUCAUCCGCAAUCUCCAGGUCAUCUUGGCCAAGUACGGGCUGGACGGGAGGAAAGACACCCAGGUGGUCGACACCAACUACCUCCAGGACGGCACCCAGGACGAGGGCCUGGAGGACCCACGGCUGGAGAAGCUGUGGCACAAGGCAAAGACCUCUGGAAAGUUCAGCAGUGAAGAGCUGGAGAAGCUGUGGCGGGAGCUGAAACAUCACACAGAGAAAGUGCGGGAGUACAACGUCCUGCUGGAGACGCUGAGCAGAACCGAAGAAAUCCACAAAAACGUCAUCAGUCCCUCGGACAUGAGCCGCAUCGAGGAGGAGGUCCUGCAGAGCCGGCACGCAGAGCUGAAGGACAAGCUGCGCAGCAUCAACCAGGGCUUCGACCGCCUGCGGAAGGUCAGCCACCAGGGCUACAGCUCCGAGAACGAGUUCGAAGAGCCCCGUGUGAUUGACCUGUGGGACAUGGCCAAGUCUGCGAACUUCACCAAGAAGGAGCUGGAGUCGUUCCGGGAGGAGCUGAAGCACUUCGAAGCCAAGAUCGAGAAGCACAACCACUACCAGAAGCAGCUGGAGCUCUCGCACCAGAAGCUGCAGCACGUGGAGAGCACCGGCGACAGGGAGCACCUGAGCCGGAGCCGUGAGAAGUAUGCGCUGCUGGAGGAGAAGGCCAAGGAGCUGGGCUACAAGGUGAAGAAGCACCUGCAGGACCUGGCUGGCAGGGUCUCGAGGGGCCGACACAAUGAGCUCUGAGCUUGCCUGGCGGAACACGGGAGGUGGCCCGCUGAAGACAGCUGAGGUGUCAGGAGCUAGGGACCUGCCACGGGGGCUGGCCACAAGGAGGCCUUGUCCCAAGUGACUUUGGAGCUACCGUUGUGUGACUAGACCGGGGGAGGGCCUUGAUGAACUACAAGGGUCUCAGCUGUCGGCCAUCCCCACGGUUCUGGCUCUGGAUGACAGGCCUUUUUUCUCCCAGGCCAGCAGGGCAGCCUCCUCAACACGGAGAAGAGGGUCCCAAGCUGCUCUGUGCCACGUCGGCACAGCUGUGUCAACCGUGUAAAUCUGCCACUGGGCAUGUGUGUGCAGAAUCCUAGAAAUACACUGUGCUCCUGACGCCGACAGCCAGCAAG